AUGUAGGAAAUUUAGUUGGUGGUACCCUAUCGAUAAAACAUAGCAAAAGCGAUAUUAUUUUAUCUUCUUUGCAUUUUAUCUUUAGGUUUAGUCUAUGUGGUGGCUACUUGGCAUUAUAAGAUUUGGGCAAUAUUAAGAAUGUCUAAAUGUGAAAUAUUUGCAGCAGAAUAUUUUCGAAUAAACUCAAAAGAUGGUACAUAAAUAAUUGUACCUAGCCAUCACUAUAUGCAGAAAGGACUUGAUUACAUAGUAUGAAUUAGUAUUAAAAUUUAGGGAUUUACAUAUAGAUAUUAAAGAUUUAUUUACAAAGAGGGAAGAUUUCAGAAAAUUGAGUUUUAAAUAUAGUAAAAUAAAGAAGCUCAUAAAAAGGAUCAUUUAAAGUCGAAUGAAUAGUUGAUAGAUUAUUAAAACCUUUAUGGCAUUAAUUCUACUGAAAUUCCUAGUAAACCAAUUUUGUCCAUUCUUAUAGAUGAAUUGAUGCAUCCUUUAUUUGUUGUGUAACUUCUUUAAAUAAUGUUAUGGAUUUAUGAAGAAUAUACAAGUUAUGCAAUAAUAUUGUUGUUGACAUCAAUAAUUUCAAUGAUAGUUACUUUAUAUGAGUAUCGUGAGAGUUAUCGUGAGAUAAGAACAAAUUCUAAAUUGGAACAUGACGUUAAUAUAAUUAGAUUUGGAUAAAAAAUAAAAAUUCAUUCGAGAGAGUUAGUACCAGGAGAUAUAAUAUUAGUUGAGCCAUUUUAAAUAAUAGCAUGUGAUUGUGUACUAAUAUAAGGAACAUGUAUAGUAUAGGAGUAAUUUUUAAAUGGUGAAUAGACACCAAUAACAAAAAGCAAUUUAGAAAAUGAUGAUAAAGAGUUUGUUUAAAAGGAAGGAAAUAUGUUAUAUAUGUCAACAACUUGUUUGAGAGCUGAUGAAGAUUGUUUAGCAUUUGUAAUUUCAACAGGUUUUAAUACAAAGAAAGGUGAAUUGAUAAGAGAGGUUAUGUUAACACCAGAUUAUUCAUUUGAUUUUUAUGAAGAUAGCAUGAGAUAUUUAAAAUAUUUAAGUAUUGUAGCAGUAGUUGGAUAUUUGAUAGCAUUACCAUUUAAAAUAUAUUUUUUAAUUACUUAUCCUUUUAUUUAAGCUAUUGAUUUAGUUACAGAUAUAUUAGAUAUAUUGGCAGUAUGUGUACCACCAACACUUCCAACAACUUUAUAAAUAGGAUUGAGUUUAGCUUUAAAAAGAUUUAAAAAGAAAAAGAUAUAUUGUUUCAAUCCUAAUAAAAUAAAUUUAGCAGGUGUAGUAAAUUAAGUUUGUUUUGAUAAAACAGGAACUUUAACAGAAGAAGAAUAAAGACUUUAUGGAGUUAUUGAAAUGAAUGAUUAAUAAUAAUUGAAUCCAUUAUUGAAGGAUUUCAAUAAUUUAACUAAAAUGAUAAGAUUAGGAAUGGCUUGUUGUAAUAAUAUAGUAAAUGAAGAAGAUAUAAUAUAUGGAGAUCAUUUAGAUUUAGCAUUAUUUAAAAAUAGUUCAGCAAAGAUUUCUUUUAAAACUGUAUUAUUAGAUGGAAUCAAUUAUGACAUAGUAAAAACAUUUGAAUUUACAUAAGAAUUAUAAAGAAUUUGUUGUAUUAUAUACAAUUAAUAAAAUCAUGAUAAAUAUUCAUUUGUGAAAGGAUCUCCUGAAAAAAUAAAAUUAAUGUGUGAGUAAAUUCCAGAAGAUUACACUUAAGUAUUCAAAUAUUAUAGUCAUCAUGGAUUUAAAGUUAUUGCUUGUGCAUAUAAAUAAUUAUUUUAAGAAGUUGUAAUUCCUACAAGAGAUUACUCUGAAUCAAAAUUAAAUUUUUUAUGUUUUUUUAUACUUGAAAAUAGAGUUAAAGAUAAUGCAGAAUAAGUUAUUCAAUAAUUAAAAAGAGCUAAAAUAGAUAUUAUAUUAGUAACUGGAGAUAAUGUAUUAACAUCAAUAAGAGUUGCUAAAUAGGCUAGAGUAGUUGAAGAAAGCGAAUAAUUAGUUUAUGGAGAACUUAUUGAAAAUAAUUAAGAAUUAUAAAUAGAUUGGAAAGAUGUAGAAUAGUAAUUUAAAGAAAUAGAGAAUUAGAUGCAUAAUGAUACCAGAACAUUAUGUGCUGAAAUUUUAUAAUAGAAAUUGCCUAGUUCAAUUAGUAAAUUUAAUUUUGACGCUAAAUCUUUUGAGAAUUUAGACAAUAACAUUGUUAUGAAUGAUGAUAUGUAAGAAUAAUUACAAAAAUCAGCAACUCUAGCAAUAACAGGGAAAUUAUUAUCUUAUUUAAUGAUAUAAGCAAAGAAUACGAAAGAUUAUAAAUAUAUAGAUUAAUUAAUUGCUAAAACUAAAAUUUAUGCAAAAAUGAGAAGAGAACAUAAAGCAGAAUUAAUUAAUUAUUUAAAAACAAAAAAGUAAAUUGUUUUUUGUGGUGAUGGGGGUGCUGAUAUUUAAGCUAUGCGUACAGCAGAUGUUGGUAUUAGUUUAACUAAUACUAAAUUAUCAUUAGCUGCUCCAUUUACAUCAGAAUAAGAAGAUUUAAGUACAGUACCAAUUAUACUUAUAGAAGGAAGAGGUGCUUUAACGACUUCAUUUCAAGCUUUUGAAUAUAUGACAAUGUGUUCAUUAGUUCAAUUUUUCAGUUGCACAAUCUUGUAUUUUUAAUAUUCAUAUAUGACUAAUUCCUAAUUUCUUAUUUUAGAUUUAUUUGUUGUAUUACCACUCAGUAUUUUAAUGACUUAUACUGAUAAUCUUAAAAAGUUAACUCCAGAAAUCCCUUAAAGAAGUCUAGUCAGUGUUGAAGUACUUUCAAUUAUUUUUGGAUAAUGCUUUAUUUAAAUGGGAUUUUAAAUGCUCAUUUACCUUAUCUUAAUCUAUUAAGAUUGGUAUAAGAGUCCUGUAAUAUUAUCUCAUGAAGAGUAUGGAGUUUCAGGUUUUAUGCAAUCAUUUGAAGCAACCUCAUUAUUUCUAGUUACUAAUUUCUAAUAUACAAUGUUAUCAGUAUCAUUAUCCUAUGAUCCAAGAUUCAAAAAACCAUUUUACUCAAACAGACCUUUUACUAUUUAUUUGAUUUUUCUAGUCAUUCUUGAAUUGUAUAUGCUUAUGUUCACUUAUAAGAACGAUACAGAAGAUGACUAUCUUGAUGUAUAAUUAAUUUAAAUAUUAUAUCAAGCUUACAUUCAAAGUACAAGGAUACGAAAUGCCACAAUCAUGGCUCAUAUUUCUACUUGGGAUAAUUAUUUUGAAUUCUUCUAUAACUCAUACCUACUAAAUUUAUGGAGUUCCUUAAGUUAUUAAUAAAGUGAAAAAUAAAUUAUGA